AUGAAUGAAACAAAUUUACCUAUUACAGGCAUUUGCUUGGUAUCGAAACCGCAUAAUGUACCAACAGGUUAUCAUUCUUAUGAUGAUACAAAUCGUGAUGCUGAUCUUAUGGCUGAUUCAUUACUUGAACGUAAAGAUCGUUUUAUUUGUAUAACUCGUAUAUGGCCAUUAGCUGAUAUGCGUACACUUGUUCUUGAAGAUAUAAAACUUAUAAAUGAACGUGAUAAUCCACCACCAAAUUAUGUUGUAUUAACACUUACAUCGGACACACGUGAAAAAGGUACAACUAAAAGAUUAAUUUGUGUUAAAAUGGUCGAAAGACAAGGCGGUAUGAAAUGUAUAUGUGAUAUUAUAUUUCUUUAUCGUUCAAAGCGGCCACCACAAUUUUAUACAUCAAUUGGUGAUAUUAAUGGCUUACAAAUGUGUGUUAAAGAAGGUACUGUACCAUUACUUCGUGCUCCACCACCAGCACCACAAAUACAAUCAAAUCUUUAUCCAAAUCCAAUGAGUCAUCAUGCAUGUCAAAUAUCUCAACAACAACAAAAUUAUCAAAUAUCUGAUUAUUCAAAUACAAAUACUCUUACAAAAAAAAGUGAUGAAAAAGAAAUUCUUGAUGGUAUACCAUUUCAAAUAAAUCCAAAAUAUUUAAUGGGUAUAAAUAACAUACGUAAUGAAAAUGAUUUAUCUGGCUUAGAUUCAUUUAGUAUUUUAUCAGCUUAUGAUAUUGAACAAUAUUUUAAAUAUGAUUUUAGUGUUGAACGGUCAUCACUUUAA